AUGGUAUCCGAUCCAUCCACAAGUCUUAACGGAUGUCGAGUGGCGCUUCUAACAUGCGGACAGUUUGAUCCACCAUCCUAUGCUCAUCUCCGGAUGUUCGAGCGUGCAAGAGAUUUUCUCGUACGAACGAUGGGUUGCAAAGUUGUUGAGGGAAUCAUGAGUGUGGCUGGGGAUUCACCGUCGACACGAACCUCUGCAAAACAUCGUCUACGAAUGGUUGAAACGGCUGUACGGAAGAAUUUCUGGAUACGUGCCGGCGACUAUGAGUGCAAUCAGCGAACACCAAUUAGGCAGAUAGCUGUACUUCGGCAUUACCAAAAGAAGAUUUCUCAUAAACAUGACGAACCUAUACGAAUGAUGUAUGUAUGUGGAAGUGAGGUGCUCGAUGAGUUGGUUGCGGUUCAAUCGGAUGGUGGCUGUCUUUGGACUCGCGCCGAGAUUAAAGAACUUCUUCAAAAACACGGCCUAAUAGUGCUGAAACGUGGUCGAACACAUCCCUCACAAACCAUCUACCUCACUGACGUCCUUCGGCAAUAUCAGAAAAACAUCUAUGUGAUAGAAGAUGAAACAUUCCCAAACGAUCUCCGAUGUUCAAGGAUCAGGACUGCACUAAGACGUGGCGAAUCCGUAAAAUAUUGUCUGGAUGAUGAUGUUAUUGAAUAUAUAAACGAUCACAAUCUCUACCAAACAAAUUCGGAUUCGGACACUGACCAAUGCGCUUCUGGAAUCAGCACAUCAUCAGCGCCUAAUCUGCUCUGUAAUAGCACUUCAAAAAGUUCAGGAAAGACGCAAGGUGACGACAAAACUGUACCGCCUGAACCGCCGCAACGUAGCAGUUCCGAAGCUCUUAACGAGAAGUAUAAGAAAUUGAGUAUUCCUUCGGCCGAAUGGCGAACACCACCCACAUCACAAUCGUCCUCAUCGGCAAGUUGUAGUAGCCGUGAAACGUCCGAACAAAGACAUCUACCGCAAAAAUCUCAAUCCGCUCGAGAUCCACCAUCCAACGAUCGAUAUACGGUGAAAUGGUCCGACACAACCACUGAAAUCCCUGUUAAAUCGAAUUCGGAGCAUCAGCUACAUCGAUCGGAUUACGCAUCGAUCACAAAGAAGGAAAAGAAGGAAAUCAAUACGAAUCACACAGUUAUUGGGACGUCCGGCAACUGUCGGACUGCUGCUCCCACGUUCAAGCCUUGUUCACAAAAUGUUGAGAAGCGGAAAGAGCCUACUAUGGAGGUGGACACUCGUAUGAACGGGAUUCCUCCAGAACUUCCAAAGACCGCGUUCAUGAAGCCGAUCCUAAGUCAGCCGCAACCGGCAGCCGAUUCUCCGCUUUUCAACGGGAAAUCAACCGAUUGCGGAGAGAUCCCGAAUUGUGUGAUCUCAACGGUGACGUCCGAGGCUAAAGGCACGCUACGCACGUUGGCCGAUAGUCCCACGUACGACAAUGUGACACUGGAUGAUCUGCUUGCUGCCAGUACUUCAUGGGCAGAAUAUCUACACAAGGAGAGCGAGCGUAUAGAAGGCAUGAAAAAUGACGACAACAAAGAGUCAAUGGUCCCGAAUGAUCCGCCGCCAAGCAAGGAACCGCCACCUAAAGAAGAACGGAAGAAACGAGGAUGGUUUUUUAACCGUAGCAAAAGUUUAAAAGAUCUGAAACCUCAACCAGAAGACGAGGCAUUGGUUCGGAUAUGCGCCACGGAUAGAAGGGAGCAAACGGAAACUUCGCCAGAAAUUCUCUGGAGACGAAUCAACCAAAAUCCGGCGAAAGACAGAUGGUCAGAUCUACCUCCGUCUCCUAGGCAAUGUCCACGACAUCCUGGACGAGGAGGAGGAGGUCAGGCUGACACGGCACGAAAGGACUAUAAAAGCAUACGAUUCGGUUUGACAAAAUCAGCCGAGAAUGUGUACAGUACGACGAGUGCUCGUCCAACGGUUAACGGACGGGUCCCAGCCGUCGGUCAGGUCCCAGCAGCCGAAAUCACUAUGUCACAAUCACAUUGUGAAGGUGUCACCACACCGGAUGACGGUGUUACUUUACGUUUUCGACGAUAUAAACUCACAUCGACGCCGGAAACUACCGUAUAG